ACGUACAGCAAAGGGACGUCAGUGACGUGAUGAAUACAGGGCGCCGUGCUGCUGGCGCUGAGUUUAAAGAGUCCGUUUAGGAGGAGAGAGCAGUCGGCCCGGUGGACACGGUGCCGUUAAACUUAUAUCAUACACAUUCGAGCAGAAGCGGAGGAGCUGGCCACACUCAGCAUGCCACUGCGAGAUCUGCCCUGCCUGAGUCCUCAGGGCUCCCUGUUGUCUCAGUCCAAGAGGACCAACAAACGCAAGUCAAAAAGCUGUCUGAGUGAGGGCCUGGACACUGAAUGCACCCCAACAGAGCUCAUCCAGCAGUGGUCACCGACCCACAAGCACCAGCGGCUCAUCAGCAAGGGGAAAGAGAACGAUGGCAACCAGUUUGUCCUGGCCAGGAGGUCGAGGAGGAAGAAAGAGUGUACAUCAGCAGGCAUUUCGUGGGACCACCUGCCCGACGAGCUGCUUCUCAGGGUCCUCUUCUACCUCCCUCUGCAGGACCUCCUCAGGAUGUCCACAGUCUGCAAGCGCUGGCAUCGCUUGGGAUUAGACGAGUCUCUGUGGCGCAGUGUGGAUCUGGAGGGGCUGACCCACAUGGAUCCAGCUCUGCGGCAGGUUCUGAAGACUGGAGUCCAGAGGCUGCGCUGCCCUCGCUCCUUCGUGGAAGAGCUGCAUUUCACUGACACGGGCCCACUGCAGAUCCUUCAUCUUGAUCUGUCCAGCUCCAUCAUCCCCACCUCGGCUCUGGAGAGCAUCAUCUGUCGCUGCAGGCUGCUGGAGUGUCUGAGCCUGGAGGGCCUGCAGCUCUCAGACUCCAUCAUCAGCGCUCUGUCCAGGAACCCAAACCUGCUGCAGCUCAACCUGAGUGGCUGCUCGGGCUUCUCUGCUCCAGUUCUGUCUGACAUGCUCCAGUCCUGCUCCAGUAUACAGCAGCUGAACAUAUCAUGGUGUGACUUCAACAAUGAUCAUGUGAAGACUGUCGUCCAUAAUGUGAGCUCUGGUAUUAUUCACUUCAACCUCAGCGGGUACAGAGAGAGCCUCACGCUGGAUGAUGUGAAGGUGCUGGUGACAAGAUGCCCAAAUAUUCAAACUCUAGAUUUAAGUGACAGCACUCUGCUGAUGGCCGACAGCUUCCCUGUCCUCAAACAACUGAAGUACCUGCGGCAUCUGUCCCUGAGUCGCUGCUACCACAUUCACCUCGCUGCUCUCACCGACCUGGGUAAGAUGUUUCCCCAGCUGUGCCUUCUGGAUGUGUUUGGGAUCGUGCAGAACAGCCACCUGCCCUCUCUGAAGAAGGAGAUGCCUCACGUCUCCAUCAACUCCAGGCCCUUCUCCAGCGUCGCCCGGCCCACGCCCACCAGCAGGCUCACCGGCUGCCUCAGCGACCGCACCAUGUGGAACAGGAGGUGUCGGCUGAGGGUCAAGCUGUAACCAGGUUUUAAGCUGAGUUUAGCUUCUGUUGCUGAGUGUUUGGUCCUGCCUUACUCUAACACUUCCAGGAAGUCGGCCCAUUCUACGCGAUGGAGCCAUGUUUCAGUGUUUGGUGCUGCUACAGAAGAUGCUUUUAGUGUUGGCUUGCAUUAACAUUACUGAAGGUCACUUACCGGACCAAGCCUUCAUGUACUGAGCAUGCAAGCUUGUAGAGAAAUGUAAUACUUUUUAAUUAGGAAAGUCACAUUUGGAUGUUGAAUCCAGUUCUUGUUGGAAUGUGUUAGCACAAAGUUUUAGUGGAUUUCUGAAUCUGUUUGGUUCAAAUAAUGUUUUAUUUAAAAUAUUUUGUAAGGGAAACCUGUUUUUUAAAAGGCUGGAUUGAUGUAGAAUGUCUGUAAAUAUGUAGGGCAAUUGAUCCCUCAGACAUUUUAAUAAUACUGAUGUCAAAUGUGCUGUUCUCAGCUGUAAUGAUGAGUUGACUUGAAUCAGCAAAGUGCUUUUAAUGUAAAAUGUCGUGUAAACCAGCUGCACAUGGAGCAGCCACCUCUGAAUGUCUGCAGUCUCCAGUGUCACUGUGUGCUGCUGGAGAGGUUUAUCAUUACAGCCUCUUUUACUAUGAGCUCAUUGUGUCAGUGUUCGUGUGCUGUAUUCUCGGUGCUCUCUUUACUAUUCCAAUUAAAAGUCAUUGUCUGAACUGUAACGGAACAUGACUUUUGAUUUGUAAACUGUUCGUCUGAGUCUGAACAAGUAAACCACUGAAUACACACAAA